AUGAUUAUCUGUGUCCCGGGGACGGGGACCGAAUGUUUGGGGGUAUGGAAAGCUCAUCGCAAUGACAUGGAGAACAUCUAUCCAUUCCUGUUUCUUGGUGCCAUCUACUCCUUGUUGGAUCCCAACCUGAACAUCGCCAGAAUUCAUUUCCUCAUCUUCUUUGUGGGUCGCCUAGUACACACAGUUGCUUAUGUGUUUGCCAUGAAAGCUCCGACACGUUCACUGGCCUACAGCAUCGCUCAGCUUCCCUGCUUCUCUAUGGCUCUGCAGAUCCUCUACUCUGUUACUUCCUACUGGUAA